AAUCAUUAGCUUUGUCUUCUGAAACCCUUUAUCCAUUUGUUUUUGAAGAUUUCUGUUUUAUUCUUUAGGUGAUGAGACACGUCAAGCACGAUAAUUCUAAGCUCUCCUUAUUAGGACAUAGUUUGUCGACACAUUUGUUUGUAAUGGGAUGAGUUGCGUUUUUAUCAAUGUUUUUCUUCCUUGGUUAUAUCAAUAAGUGGUCGUACCUAUCCUUUUUAGAACAAUUAAAAGGACUCUAAUAUUACUGCAUAUUCAAAUCUUACACUUGACGUCUCGUGGAAUAAAUGGUUUCGGAUGUUGGGCAAUGAUAUUGAGCAGAAGUCGGACUGCUAGUUCUUGUUCUUGUUAACGGUGUUUCGAAUCGCACCUUGAAAAUGAAUGAGAAGAAGACAGAUUGCCAAGAAAUAAAUCAACAAAGCCAUGAAUUAAUCAGUGAGUGCAAUUUUGAAGUUGGUAAUCAGUCGUAUCAAAUUUUUGGUCAGCAGCAACAACAGGCUUGGAACAACAUGGGAAUUUGGGUUCAGCAACCCACCAUGGAUCAUGGAGUGUCACUGCUUCAAAAUCUUGGGCCUCCGGAUCCUAAAUCUCCCAGCAGCAUUACGAGCCGCUUCGAAUCUCUGGCUUCUACUUUUUAUGCAACUGAACGCUGUAUGGGAGGGUUUCCACAGUAUGACUCUCAAGUUGGUAAUAAUCCUCAUUUCCCUUCAGGUCAAUCUUAUAAUGAAAGCUACAGCUCCAUGAAUUCAUCCGAGCAAACUGAUCUGGAUUUCGACAUCAGAAACACUUUGCAGUCGAUUGUGAAAACUCAACCCCGCAGCUAUCAAUACCAUAAAUCCUCAGAGAAGUUUAACCAAAUCCCGGGAAGCGAUUUGUCAGGCAGUAAGCUCUUUGCACAUCAAUCAAAUAAGUUGCAUGGAGAUCAUAAAACUACUACAAUUAGAAGACCGUCCUUAUCCCUUCCUUCUAAAGAAAAUCAGGAUCAAGGCUGUUAUACUUCAUUCAAUACUUCCCCGGUAACUCAACCGAGCUUCUUUUCUCAACAAGGAAAGCAGUCGCCAAGAUAUUCCUCCGGAAAUGUUUCCACUGCAUAUGGUAAUUCCCCUUCAACUAGCCCUGUACUCUCCAGUAAAACACGAAUUCGUUGGAAUCAAGAUCUUCACGAAAAGUUCAUUGAGUGUGUAAAUCGUCUUGGGGGUGCUGAAAAAGCAACACCGAAGGCAAUACUGAAGAUGAUGUGUUUGGAUGGAUUAACCAUCUUUCAUGUUAAAAGUCACCUGCAGAAAUAUCGAAUUGCGAAAUAUCUACCAUACCCUGCCGAAGGAAAAUCUGAGAAAAGGACUACUUUGAAUCUUGAACCCCAUCUCGAUGUGAAAACUGGCUUGCAAAUCAAAGAGGCGCUCCAACUGCAAUUAGAUGUUCAGCGGCGUCUUCACGAACAGUUGGAGAUUCAACGAAAGUUGCGGCUACGAAUUGAAGAACAAGGAAAGCAGUUCAAGGAGAUGUUUGAUCUGCAACAACAAACAAGUAGUAGCUUGUUGAAGACUCAGAACGCGGACGUCACAUGCCAUGAAGCUGGCCCAUCAAAUAGUCUCGACGAUACUGAUCAGGUUUCAACUUCUGAAGGUUCUGGGAAUACAAGUUUUCACUCCAAGAUAAGUUAGCCCUGAAAAGAGAAUUAGUCAGAAUCAAGAACUUCAAAUCAGACUAAUGGUUGAGUAAGAAAGAAGGCAGAAUGGGAAGAUGAUAAGAAGACUACAAUCAAUUGACUGGCACUCAUACAUUGAUCAUAUUCCAUUUAAGGGAUAUGAUCCUAUAGAAUGACUAUUGUCUCUUUUGUUUCAUAAAGUUUGUGUGGCAGUAUUGUAACAAUGGCUUACUGUUUCCAGGAAGUUCUCAUGCUUUCAUGUAAUCAUACUUGAAAUUUUGUAAUAAUAAUUUUUUUUUUUUUGUG